AUGGCCGGCUCCGGCGCGUGGAAGCGCCUGCGCUCCCUGCUGAGGAAGGACGACGCGCCGCUCUUCUUAAACGACACCAGCGCCUUCGACUUCUCGGACGAGGCCGGGGACGAGGGGCUCCCGCGACGCUUCAACAAGCUGCGCGUGGUGGUCGCCGCGGACGACGACGACUCGGAAAGCCCCGGAAGGCCCGCCAACGGCGCGCACCCGGCCCUCCAGGCCGCCGGGGCCGCCGCCGGGGCCGCUGCCGACGACGACUCGCUCCUGGAUCAGGAUCUGCCUCUGACCCACAGUCAGCUGAGCCUGAAGGUGGACCCCUGCGACAGCUGCAGCCGGCGGAGGGAGCGGCUGAAGCAGAGAAAGGUGAAAACCAGGUUGACCAUUGCUGCCGUUCUUUACUUGCUUUUCAUGAUUGGAGAACUUGUAG